AUGCGCGAGCGCUAUAAUGAACAGCCCACAGCUAAAAGCGUGCCCGCAGCUAAAGGUGCGUCCCAGCAAAGGCGACACCAGAGGUACCAAACCAUGCACGUUGGUGAGAAGCACCAACGAAAAUGUGCCCUAUGUGAAAAGGAUCACUUAGAGUCAAAAUGCCCAACCCUUUUACCAGCAACGGUAGACAAGCGCUGGGAGAUGGUUAAGGAGAAAAGAGUCUGUUUUGGCUGUCUCAGGGGGGGACAUCAGCGACGUUCGUGCAGUAGAUCCCAGAAAUGCGGGGUUGAUGGUUGUGACAGAGGUCAUCAUUACCUUUUGCUUUCCUUUGCUCCCAAACAACCACCUAGAGAGCCCUUAACUGUCGAACUUCCUCCAGGGGAUAAAGGGGUUCAUUGCGGGAAAGCGCAAGACAGCACGCCAAGUGUCAAUAAAGUCGCGCUCAAAACUGUUGCAGUACCAUUUACCAGUGACUCUGGCCAAGUAGUUAUGGGAUUAGUACUUUUGGAUUCAGGCAGCGAAACUACCCUUGUAAGAACUGGGUUUGCAAAGCAACUGGGGAUAUCAGGUCCUAGGCAAAACCUAACCGUUGACACAGUAGGGGGGGUUAGUACCACGGUCAAGUCAGAGCGCGUGCAUCUACCAUUUGCAUCAUCUGCGGUUAAAGGAACUGUGAGCGCGUGGACAAUGAAAAGCAUCUGUGCUCCUGUCAGUGCUAUUGAUUGGUCAGAGGUCAAGCGACGCUAUGCGCAUUUGUGUGAUGUCCCAGUAGAGAACACGGGCAACGGGACGGUUGAUGUUUUGUUAGGCCUCGACACAGCAGCCUUAAUGGCCCCAUUGGAAGUCAGGAGGGGUGGGGUCACAGAACCGUAUGCUGAGAAGACACCGCUGGGGUGGGUUAUCGCGGGAAAGCGCAUACUCCGCGCACAAGUGUCAGAAGCCGAAGACGACGCAAAUCACAACCUGUUUUGGGAAGUAGACACGUUUGGCGUCCGCGUCGAGGAAUCACCACCAUACAGCCGCAGCGAACAGAGAGCCUUGGAUGCCUUGGAUAAGUCAUGCCGACUAGUGGAUUCAGGUUACGAGUUAGCGCUCUUGUGGAAACCUGACCGACCUCCAUUACCUAAUAACUACGCCACAGCCUUGAGUCGCCUAGAGUCAGUGGAGCGUCGCCUGCAGAAAGACCCGGAGCUGGCGCAAGGGUAUAAGAAAGCGAUCAGCGCGUACGUCGAGAAGGGGUUUGCCCGCAAGCUCUCAGAUGAGGAACGGGUGGAGGAUACAGAGCAAUGGCUGCUACCCCAUCACCCGGUGUUGUCGCCACACAAGCCUCUUCCAAGAGUCGUGUUUGAUUCAGCCGCAGUGCACGAUGGGAUCUGUCUCAACGACUGUCUAGAAGCAGGGCCUAGUCUACAUAACGAUCUACCAGGCGUUUUGAUGCGUUUCCGUGAACGACCUGUAGCGCUCGCGGGUGAUGUAUCAGACAUGUUUUGUCAUGUGCGCUUGCGUACAGAGGACCGCAAGUACCACCGCUAUCUUUGGCGAGAUCUAGAGACGGACAAGCCGCCCGAUGUUAAUGAGAUGAAUUGCCUCGUGUUCGGAGAUAAGUCGUCGCCAUGUGAAGCGAACUUUGCCGUCCAGCGUACGGCUGAAGACAACAAGGAGCAAUGGCCAGAUGCCGCCGCCGUAGUCAAGCGCGACAUAUUCGUUGAUGACUUAUACACGUCCUGUGAGGAUGUCGGAGAAGCUGUAAAGCUGCGCGAGGAUGUUACCGCACUUAUGGCUGAAGGGGGAUUUCCCAUGCGUAAGUGGAUGUCGUCGUCUGCCGAGGUGUUAGCUACCGUACCAGAGACAGAGCGAGCCGUCCGUAACGAGGCCCUAGAGAUGGGGGAGCUGCCGCAAGGUCGAGCGCUUGGGGUGCGAUGGGAUCCUCAGUCAGACACCCUCGGCUUUGCAUUUGCACACGUCGAAAGACCCCCCGCAGAAGAAACAAAACGGGGUGUCCUCAAGAAACUAGCGGGAUUGUAUGACCCGUUAGGAUGGGCAAGUCCAUACGUGGUUCGCGCCAAAGUCAUGUUGCAGCGUACAUGGUCACGUGGCAUAGACUGGGAUGAGUUACUACCGUCAGAUCUGCGCUUAGAGUGGAGUAAGUGGGAGGCGGAGAUGGUUGCCCUAAAGUCCUUUGUUGUCCCACGCUACAUUUACCGUCAGCCCGCAGUCGCCUACGUGCGCGCAACGUCGACAGUCGGGGAAGUCACGUGUCAUCUAGUCAUCGCAAAAACGCGCCUCAUGCCGUUGAAGCCGAUCUCAACCCCGAGAGGGGAGCUAAUGGCGUGUCAGCUAGCCGUACGACUCGCCAAGGCCGCUUGUGUACAGCUCAGUUUGAGUAUGCAAGAGGUGAUCUACCUUUCGGACUCCACUACCGCACUGUGGUGGAUUCGUGGCGAGCCGAGGAAUUUCAAGCCGUUUGUCGCCAACCGUGUAGCUGAGAUCUUGACAGAGAGUGACCCCAUCCAGUGGCACCACGUACGAACGGAGAUGAACAUCACCGAUCUGGCAACAUGA